CCAAUCCUCCCGCACACAAGGGGCACGCAUUCACCCGGAGCCCUGUCGGCCACCCUCAACCUGACCACUUCAACCAGGGCUCGGCCAACCCUUGGGCUGCUCUCUUCAAUAAACACCAGGACAUGUCGCCUUAAAAGUCUAAGCUUAGCUCUACGAUACAAGAGAAAGAGCUACGAGCCUACAAGUAGAAGUAUCCCCGUUCAGAACAGAGAACUGUACCACGGGAUGCACCCAACUCCUGCUACUGGACAGAAAGUUGAGAAAGUCGCCAGCAUCUAACAACAAGGAAGGAAAGCUCCAAUAGACGUCCCAUCGAGUUUGCGCUAUACUCUGGCCUUGGUCUUCUGCUUGGAGCGUACAUAAAUCCUCGUCCUGCCGAAUAUCCAGCGUUGUCAUCCGUCACCGUCGUCACGCUUCCACAUGGUCUUCAACACCAAGCACAGCAUCCUGGCGCUCGCCUGUUUUUCUUCGUACUCCUAUGCUGCCCCUCUGCAGCUUGCGCCCCGCGCCGUAAUCAAUCAUGAUGCCGUUGUUGGCUUCCCACAGACCGUGCCCUCGAGCAUCGAAGGAACCCUCAUGUUGAAGUACAAGCCUUACCUCGAGGUAUACAACGGUUGCGUCCCAUUCCCCGCUGUGAACGCUGCAGGCGACACCAGCGGCGGUCUAUCUACCGACGGCGCACCGAAUGGGAACUGCGGAAAGUCCACAGGCCAGGUCUACGCUCGUGCCGGCACUUACAAUGGCGCUUUUGCUAUCAUGUAUUCGUGGUAUAUGCCCAAGGACAGCCCGUCAAGCGGACUCGGCCACCGCCAUGACUGGGAGAACGUCGUUGUGUGGCUCUCAUCCGCUUCCGAAACGGCGACGGUGCGAGGAGUCGCCAUCUCUGCACAUGGAGAUUACCAGAAAGUCUCUGGCCAUUUCAGCGGGUCCCGAGUCAAGAUCGGUUACAUCAGUAUCUGGCCCGUCAACCAUCAGUUGAUUGACACGGUCGAACAAGGCGGCGAGCAGCCCCUGAUUGCAUGGGAGAGUAUGACGGCGGCGGCGAGAACGGCCAUUGAGACCACGGACUUUGGCUCAGCGACUCCAAGCUUCAGAGACGGCAAUUUCCAGAGCUAUCUUCAGAAAGCGUUCUUCUAGUUGGGCUUCACAGGGUGGAAAGCCCUCAGGCAGGCUGCGCGGUGCAGCAGCGGAAUGAAAAGGAUGUCUUCGUAAAGAGAUGGUUAGGGACAAGGUGGGUGGCAUAUAGUCCUUCUGCCGUCUCUAGCGUCUAAGAAAAGGUCUCCUAAUUCCUUCUUGUUCACAUUGCAGAUGUGACAGAUU